AUGACAUGUGCAGCAUGCACUGUACAUCCCCCGCACCUGUCUGUGGUGAAGGCUUUGAAUAGUAGCAAUUAUGCCUCUUUUCCUUGGAGACACUUUCUCUACAGAACUUCCAGAAACAUCUUGGGCCCAGAAGUACAGGUCUUCCUGGAGGAGAAUACUGAAGUGACUAAUAGUAGAAAUCUCACCCCUGAAAUCCAACUUCGACUUUUGAUAACUCAAUGCAGAUUCUGGUGGGAAAGAGCUGACUUAUGGUCCUACAGUGAUCUUUACUGGGCAAUAUACUGGCCAGGAGGUCAGGCUCUAACUAGGUUUGCAGGAGUGGCUGCUUUGUUAAACUGCAAAUUAAAUAAGCUGGAUCCCCUUUCCAUUUUAACUAAAAACAUCUUGGACUUAGAACCAGAUAAGUGGGAACUUGUCCUAGGAGAUAUGUUUGUUUACCUUUCAAAUAGACUUCUUCAGUGGUUGAGGAAAUAUAUUUUGACACAUGGAACAAAAGUGCUGAUUGCUGAUCCUGGGAGACCACAAUUCUGUGGACACAGAAUUCAGAAUCACUUAUAAAAGGUAGUAACAUACUCACUUUCAGAGCUCACUGAAGGAAACAAUAACCUGACAAUUUGCCAGUUUACCAAAUCCCUGGUCUCGGAUGUCUCUGGCCAUGCUACCUCUCUGAACAGUGGUUCUUGUUCAACAGAACGCCUGGACACAGAGGCUUGCAAACACAAGUCUUUAUUCCACGUGGUCACAUCCUGUACUCUCCUGCAGGCUUCCGGACUUCCUCCUGAACUCCCGCUGACUCCUGUUAAACUUCUCCUAAACUGCUAA